AUGACAGCCCCCAGUGGGGUAGGAGUCGGCCCUCUGUUGGCGCUGCUGACCCCCAAGAACAAACGUCGAGCCCUGGGAGUGCUGGCCCUGGCGGCGGCAGCAUCCUAUGGCGCUUCCCAGUAUGCGGCGCAGCAGCGGCGGCGCCAGCGGCGCCAGCAGGAGAAGAGGCGGGGCGGUGCACCGGACGGCGCCGGGCGCAGCCGCCGCGGCUCUGGCGGCGGCGGCAAGGCGCUCAAGGAGCUGCUGCCGCUGCUGCUGCGCGUGGCUGGGCGCAAGGUGCUGGUCAUUGCGCUGCUGGCGGUGGCCCGCACCGCGCUAUCCAACCGCCUGGCCCGCCUCCAGGGCUACCUGUUCCGCGCCGCCUUCCUGCGCCGCGUGCCGCUGUUCAUGCGCAACCUGGCGGAGAACCUGGCGCUGUGCGGCGUGGCUGCGGCCCUGGAGGCCACCAACCGCAGCUGGGUGUCGCACAUGGAGCUGCAGUGGCGCCGCCUGCUCACAGACCGCCUGCACGGCACCUACUUUGCGGACAUGACCUACUACAAGCUGAGCUAUGUGGACCGCCGCAUCGACACCCCCGAGCAGCGCAUGUGCGAGGAUGUGCCCAAGCUGGCGGCGGGGCUGAGCGACCUGACUCGGGAGCUGGUGGCGGCGACUGUGGAUGCAGCCUUCUAUGCCUACCAGCUGAGGCAGUACAGCGGUACGCACCGCUACACCGCCGCCAUCCUGGCCUACGUGUUUGGCGUGGGCAGCUUCAUGGCCGUUGUCUCCCCCAACUUUGGGGGCCUGUUCAAGCGGCAGCAGGCGCUGGAGGGCACGCACCGCGCGCUGCAGCGGGAUCUGUCGCUGCGGGUGCCCGCCGGCACCAACCUGCUGGUCACGGGGCCCAACGGCGCGGGCAAGAGCAGCCUGUUCAGGGUGCUGGGCGGUUUGUGGUCGCUGUCGCACGGCCGCAUCUACAAGCCCGGGGGCGGCGGCGAGGGUGCGGGCGGGCUCAGCGAGACGAUCUUCUACGUUCCUCAGCGCCCCUACGUCACCCAGGGCAGCCUGCAGGAGCAGCUGAUCUACCCGCUGCCCGCCACCGCGGAGCGGCGCAUCCCCGAGGAGCCGCUGAGGGGGCUGCUGGCCACCGUGGACCUGCAGUACCUGCUGGACAGGGCUGCCGAACAGGCAGUGCCGGCAGGCUGCGUGACCGUGGACAUGGAGGAGCGCUUCUGUGAGCUGGUCAAGCAGCUGGGGUGCACCUGCAUCACCAUCAGCCACCGCCCCGCCCUCAUGGCCUUCCACGACAUUGUGCUGUCGCUGGAUGGCGAGGGAGGGUGGAGCCUGCACCAGGGCCACCGCUCGCUGGAGGCCAAGGCGGAGGCGGCGGCCCGGCAAGCCGGCGGCGGCGCCUCCGAGAUCGAUGCGGGCUUCACGGUGCCGCCGCCGCCGCGCCCCGCCUCUGCGGGAGGCAAUGGCAAGGGCAAGGGCAAAGGCAAGGGCAAGGCGAGGGGCACGGAUGCGGCGGCGGUGCUCAGCGGCAUGGCGGUGGGCAAGGCGGAGGAGGAGGAGAUGCUGGGGGACGGCAACGAGGGCUUCUCGGUGGACAUCGAGGAGGCUCUGUACCGGCACGCCGCAGCCCUGGGCAUCACCUUUGUGACCAUCACGCAGGCGCGGGCGGGUCGGGCGGGGUCGGGUGUCGCGCGCACUGCCCUGGUGAAGUACCACGACCGCGAGCUGCGCCUGACCGACGGGGAGGGGGAGGCACCUGUCAUUAAUCACGAGUGCGCACUGAAGUGCAUCAAGAAGGACGGGUGGAACCAGAUGUGUGUCGAUGAUGGGCGCGCCGACAUGAGGGGGACGAUCUAUCCCAACGACUGCGCCUGGCAGAAGUGCGUCGCCACGACCGCCGACCGCGAGUCCACCCCGCGCUACCACCUGGCGCCGCUGGAAUGCUUCAGCCCCACCACGUGCGUGCUGCGGUACAAGAACAUUGUGCGCUGCAAGCAGUGCGGCAGGUGCGACAACGGCUUCUAUCGCAAGAGGGGGGCCUGCAAGCCCUGCCCGGCCAACUGCAAGAAGUGCUCCAUCCGCGACCCCAAAUAUUGCGGCAUCUGCAACGAGGGCUUUGCCUGGUUCCCCAGGAAUGGCACGUGCAUGAGGAGGUGA